ACAUUUUCCUUACUGAGUGGAAGCGUUGACCACUACCGCCAUCCGCGGAUGGGGCGGACGAGCCUGACGAGUGGUAGCGAAGGCUUUCGCAACAACGGCAGCAGCAGCACGAGCAACUUGUACCACGUCGUACGCGAUAUAAAGCGCGCCGAGUCCACCGUGUACAACGCGCUGCGCUCGAUCCUUCUAGACGCGUCGUUCGUUCGCGAGAUCCACUCCCUCUGGCCGACGUUACCGUUGCUUCCCAACCUGCGCUGCGGGCUGUGGUACGCGCCGCCUGAUGACGUGGCUGCCACGUGUUACUUCAAGUCGACGGAUGGGCACACGGGGAACUGGGAUUUCAGCGUGACGCGGAUGAACCUCCACGUGGCAAAUAUCGCAGCGCGCAGCGGCGGCGCAAUGAUAGUGGACGCGACGCGGCGGGGGAAGGUUUUUCCUGACAGCCUGUCCAAGACCAUCCCCAUAUGGGCGUGCGUCGUGAACCGCGCCGGUGGGGAAGGCAGGGCGCAUGGGGAAGGCAGGGCGCAAGGGGACGCCUUAGAUCGCAGCAAGGGCCCAGAGCAGAAGAAGCAUGCUGCAGUCGGAGUCACCUCACAGCCACAGGAAGCGACUGCCCGGGAGGGUUGUCAUAUUCCUCUGGAGCAAUCGCCUUGGGAGAAUGCGCCCUGGGAGAAUUCACCUGGGGAGAAUGCACCUGGGGAGAAUGCACCUGCGGAGAAUGCACCUGGGGAGAAUGUACCCGGGGAGAAUGCGCCCUGGGACGACGCACUGCACCUGCCGCGGUGGGUGUCGAGCACGGAGCAGGCGAGCAUAGAGCAGCGGAUAGACGCGUGGGUGGAGCGGCUCCUGCUCGUCGCGCCCCCUGCUGCCAUUGACCGCCUGGCGUUCGGGGAGGUUGAGGGGGAGGCGGGGGAGAAGGGGGAGGGGAUUCGGGAAGGGCGAGAGGCAACAGGAGGGGCAGGAGAAUGGGAAGGUAGCAGGAGAGACAGCAACAGCUGCACCAGCAGCAGCAGCGCCACCACCACCAGAACCACCAGCAGCACCACCAGCAGCACCACCAGCAGGUGUGGUCGACUGCAGAAGCCGCUGCGAGUGCUGUGGGUAUCUCAAGUGUCUCUCAUCUGGACCAACGAGGUGCCCCUUCCCGACUCCCUCCCCUUCACCCCGCUCCUCCUCGUCUCCGCCUCCGCCCCCUCCCCCUCCGGCUGCCCCCCCCCCUGCCCCUCUCUGCUUAUAGGCGCGGAGAUGGGGGAGAUGGGGAGAAUAUGGGGAGGGGAGAGGGAGAAGGGGGCCGAGAUCGGAGCACAGGACAGGAGAAGUAAGGAGGGGGAGAGGGGGGGGGGAGGAGAAGGAGAGGGGAAUGAGGGUGAGCGCAGUGACAGUGACAAUGAGGGUGAUGGUGAUGGUGAUGGUGAUGAUGAUGAUGCUGAUGAUGGUGAUGAUGCUGCUACCUCAUGGCAAGAUGAGCCAUGGACGUACAUCCAGGGGGCGGGGGAUGACGAGGAGAGCUGGGCGAGGGGGUUGACUCCACAGCUGUUCUGGAGGAAUUGGAGGGAGGUGCUGGGGGCCGGGAGGAGAGGGUGCAACGCCGCUGUGGCUGGAGUGGUGGAGAGAGAGAGAGUGAGGAGGCAGAGGAGAGGGGAGCACGCCCCUCAGGUGAGAGUGAGAGAGAGGGGAAGGAAGGAGAGGGGGGGGGUGGAGAGGGGAGGAGAGAGAUGCGGAGGGGCAAGGGAGAAGGGAAUGAUUCUUGGCAGGGAAGUGGCAGAUCUGUCUGGUGAGGGUUUGGUAUUGGAGGGAACUCAAGGUUUGGCAGGUGAUGUGGUUAAGGGAGUGAGAGGGAUCGAUCAGCAGCAGCAACGCCAAGAGCAGCACCACCAACAGCAACAGGAACAGCAGCAGCAGCAGCUCCAGCAGCAGAACCAGCAGCAGCAGCAGCAGCAGCAGCAGGAGAAGAAGCAGAAGGAGCAGGGUAUGGUGGGCAGCCGUGCUGAGCAAGGGAGGCGUGGAGAGAGAGGAAGCAGUGAGCAUGCUGCUGAUGGUUGUAGUGGUGCUACUGUGCACUGGAUUGCGCAACUGCCCGUUGCUGUUGCCGCUGCCGCAGCGCACGUCACCCCAUCCAUGCCCCUUCCUCUGGCGGUGAUUGCAUGUGGAGUGGACUUGCCUCACGGGCUCCGGGCGCUGCUGGACAGCCAGACGCAGGAACAUGGCACAGAGAGUGGGGGAGAGAUUGGGAAGGAGAACGACAGGGAGAGUGGGAAGGAGGGUGGCAACGGGCUGGCAAUGAAGCAGCAACAGCAGCAGGGUGGGGAAGGUGUCUACGAGGAGCAAUGGCACCUUUACUUUCCCCUUAAGUCAUCCAAGUACGACCGCCUGUGCAUCGCCCGCCAUGUGCCAGCUGCUGUGGCCUUUGCUCGCAAGCACCUGGCUCUCCGCCACCGCCUGCUGCUCAUCUGUCCUGACGGUGUGGACUUGAGUGUGUGUAUCUGUGCCGCUCUCCUGUUGGCCCUGCCUCAGCCCCUCGCCCAUCCCUCAUCAGCACCAGCAGCACCAGCAGCACCAGUGUCCCCCAGCGCCCAGUCUGCUUCCUCUCCGCACUUCCCGCUCACCAAGGAUGGGCUCAAAGCGUGUCUGGCCUUCCUAUGCUCGCAUGUCCCGGCAGCCAUGCCCUCCAGGGGCAACCUGAAACAGGUGCUGCAGGCGCUAUUGCCCUCAACCCAUGGCUGUGUAGGGGACUACUAACACAGGCCUCAUGUCACACGUGGCUCCAUGAGCCCCAGAUGUUAUGGUCCUCAAGUUAUCCACAAUCCUUUGUGAGCAUACCUUGCUUGGACUGGCAACCGACCGGCUGACACUUGACAUGACACACUAAGUAUCAC